AUGGAAGUGUGCAGUGCGGUGCGACCCUGGGAACAGAGAUCUCCAGUGGGUGUAGCGGUGUUUCAUUUCCCUUUUUCUUAUCUCCAUCAAAAUUGGAUUUUUCAUCUUAAAGAGGCAUAUUAUUUAAGAAAAAUGGAUUCUUCUGAAAAAGAUGAGGUACCAAUGCUAUCAGCAACGUAUUUGCAAGUCUACGAGGGCAAUGAAUCUUCAGCUAGGGGUUUUUCAUCCAGGACCAGGAGUGCAUCAAUGUCUAAUCCUGUGAACUCUAUGGACUCCUCUGAAUAUGAAAACAACCUUGUAGGUUACACCGGUCCUUUAAGAAGUGAAAGAAGGACAUCGUUUGUACAGAGGAGUGGUCCUUUAUAUGCCGGCCGUAGACAUGUUGGCACCAUUCAGUCUACACAAGGUUCUUCAUGGCAGAAAAACACUGAGCCCAAAGUAGAAAAAUAUCCUUCAGUUAAUGGAAGGGAUCAGAGUGAUUGGCCAGAUGGGAACUACAUGGGAAAAAAUGAACAUCUUUUGAGGUCUGGGCAACUGGGGAUGUGCAACGAUCCAUACUGCACAACGUGCCCAACGUAUUACAAUUUUACGGGUAACCAGAAGAACUCGAGAAUGUCUGAUAUAUUUGAUGCUAAGUUCCGCAAUAUGAUUUAUGGAGAUGCAAAAGGCUGGACCAAGAGAAUGUAUUCUUUUUUGCGUCGUUAUAUUCCAGGAGUCAUGAAUCCUCAUACAAAAGUAGUUCAGCAGUGGAACAAGUUCUUUUUGAUCUCUUGCUUAUUUGCUGUAUUUCUAGACCCGCUGUUCUUUUUUCUACUGGCAGUUUUGCAGGAUAAGAAGUGCAUAGUAUUAAAUGGGCGCUUGACAACAACAGUUGUGGUUUUGAGGAGCAUGACUGACUUCAUUUACUUACUUCACAUGCUUCUUCAGUUUAGGCUGGCUUAUGUUGCUCCUGAAUCUAGAGUGGUUGGAGCUGGAGAUUUAGUUGAUGAUCCAGAUAAGAUCGCCCUGAAUUAUCUUUCUGGAUACUUUAUCAUCGAUUUCUUUAUUGUAUUGCCGCUUCCACAAAUCAUUAUACUGUUGAUAUUGCCCAAAUCCAUGGCAUCUUCUGGGGCUAAUUAUGCGAAAAAUAUGUUGCGGGUUGCCAUUCUUGUUCAGUACAUUCCUAGGUUGUACAGAUUUUCACCUUUGCUUGUAGGUCAGUCUCCGACUGGCUUAAUAUUCGAGUCAGCUUGGGCAAAUUUUGUCAUAAAUCUUCUCACAUUUGUGUUGGCUGGCCAUGUGGUGGGUUCAUGUUGGUAUCUCUUUGGCCUACAGAGAGUGAAUCAAUGUCUUCGAGAUGCUUGUCGUAGCUCCAACAUUCCAGGAUGUAGGGAAUUCAUUGACUGUGGGCGUGGACAUGAAUUAAAUGAUUAUAACAACUCAACACGGGAGCAAUGGAAGAGCAAUAUAAAUGCAACUGCCUGUUUUUGGGAAGACAGUUUCCCAUAUGGAAUUUAUACCCACGCUGUCAAUCUAACCACCAAGCAAAGUGCCACAACAAGAUACGUGUAUUCAUUGUUUUGGGGGUUCCAGCAAAUUAGUACCCUGGCUGGGAAUCAAGUUCCAAGCUAUUUUGAAUGGGAAGUCCUUUUUACAAUGGCCAUUAUUGGAAUGGGGCUCCUGCUCUUUGCUCUGCUGAUAGGAAAUAUGCAGAAUUUUCUCCAAUCCCUUGGGCGCAGGAGGUUAGAAAUGUCUUUAAGACGCCGUGAUGUUGAGCGGUGGAUGAGCCAUCGUCGCCUGCCCGUAGAACUGAGAAGGCAAGUUCAACAAGCAGAACGUUAUAAUUGGGCUGCCACCAGAGGGGUAAAUGAAGAAAUGCUACUGGAGAAUUUACCUGAAGACCUUCAAAGGGAAAUACGGCGUCAUCUUUUUAAAUUUGUUGAGAAAGUCCGAAUUUUUCAACUUCUGGAUGAACCUGUCAUGGAUGCCAUAGUUCGGGGGAAAAUGGAGAGCAUUGGGGAAGAUUUGAUUGCAGCUCCCUUGUCUGAAGGAGAUGCUUGUGGAGAAGAACUUCUCACAUGGUGCCUUGAGCAUUCUUCUGUAAAUAAAGAUGGAAAAAGAAUCAGGAUUCCGGGACACAGAUUACUGAGCAAUAGGCUUGUGAAAUGCUUAACAAACGUAGAGGCAUUUAUAUUGCGAGCUUCAGACCUUGAAGAAGUCACCAAUCUUUUUGCAAGAUUCUUGAAAAGUCCACGUGUUCAGGGGGCCAUAAGAUACGAAUCACCUUACUGGCGAGGCUUAGCAGCAAGACAAAUUCAAGUUGCAUGGAGAUAUAGGAAGAAGCGAAUAAGUCGUGCAGACACCUCUAGCUCAAAACCUGAUCAUUGA